AUGGAUAAGAAAGUGAAGAAACCUGUUUCCAAACAGAAGAAAAAAAAUGAUGAUCAGAAUAUGAACACGAAGAGCAAUAGGUUCUUGAUUACUGUCAAUGUAUUUGGGAGUUCAGGCCCGAUAAGAUUUAUUGUGAAUGAAGAUGAUAAUUCUGCAGCAGUGGUUGAGACUGCUUUAAAGUUAUAUGCUCGCGAGGGACGCCUUCCAAUUCUUGGAUCUGAUGUCAACAGUUUCUUUCUCUACCCUGCCAAUGCUGGAUUAGACGCCCUUUAUCCAACGGAGUUAAUAGGAUCACACAGAGUAAGGAACUUCGUUUUGUGCAAGAAACAAAUCAAUCCACACAUGACUGAAGCAAGGUCGCAGGUUAUUGCUCAAAAGGGAGGAGGAUGGCGUGCGUGGCUUCAGAAAUCAUUUAGUCUUAAAAUAUUAUCUCAUUGA